AUGAAAAAAUAUUUUUUACAUAAUAAUAAUAAUGCAUCAUGGAAUUCGACACAAUUUCCAAUAUCAAAUAUUAUUGAACAAUCUAAAUUUUUCAAUAACUGUGAAGAUGAAUCGUCUAAUUCAUCAUGUAAUUCUCAAACUUUAGAUAUGAUACGUACAAUUGUUGAUGAAUUAUAUCAAAGAAAUAACGAAGAAAAUUUAUUAAGAAGUGAACCAAAAGAAAAACGUGUUCGUUUUACUCUUAAACAAGAAACAGAUAAAACAGAAUCAAUUAUUUCAAAUGAAUUGGAAGCAACUGAAACAUCAAUUAAAAAUAUUUUCGAAAAAGAAAAAUCAUCAAUCAAAUAUCAACCAGUUUUAUCGGAUUCUACGACAGUUGUCUGUUGUUUAAUUAAAGGCCGAUCAAAAAUUGAUUGUAGUGUGUCAACAAAUGAUCUUCCUUCUCUUCAGUGUGAAUGUGCUACACAAACCAUGGAUAUAAUAGUCUUUCCAGAAUGUCAACAUUCAUUAAUGACAUUUUUAACACCCAAUGAUGAUCAAUCAAGUAUUGAUCUUCAUCAAUCGAAAAGUUAUAUCUCAUUAUCAACAACAUUGAUCUCUUCUAAAGUGGCAACCAGUUAUCAACCUUCUUCAUACUCAACAACAAAUUAUACUACUUUUGAAAAUUCUUCAUUUUAUACCUGUGAAAAUAAUAACAUAGUAUCAUCAUUAAAUACAGCUCAUCAAUUAAUAAUACCAACCCAAGCAAAACAUUAUGAUAUAUGUCAAGAACAAAUAUCAGAUAGUUAUAAUACACUCAUUAAUUAUACGAUUAAUGCUUUGAAUUCAUCAUCCAAACUAAAAGAAAUAACUAAAUUAGACAAUGAUGAUACAUUAUCGAAAUCUAAUAGAAAGUUUUCAGAUGAAAAUAUAACAAAAAAAAAUGUUAAAUUGUGUACAUGUUCAAAACGAAAACUAUCUGAUAUUCAUAUCUCUAUGUUAAAAUUUGCUUUUUCUAAUCAAGAUAAAUUACUUAAAGAACUACAUUUAUCGAAACAAUCUCUUCAAUCAAUGUAUAAUGAUGGUCUCUUCUAUGUUCAUGAUCUCGUAUUAGUUUUUCUAAGAAAUAUUUCUCAAUUUUAUCAAAUGCUUGUAAAACGUUAUUAUUUAACAAAAAAACAAGCCAAUUUAUUCGUAAAAAUCAUGAAUAAAUGGUGGAAAAAGCAUCGAACGAAAUUUAUUGAUAUAAAUGAAAAAUUAUUAAAAAGUAAUAUUAUCAAGUGA